UAUUCACAAGUUUCUCGAGCUUAAUGGGGAAGAAAGAAUCCAAUCCAUUUGGCAGACCUUACAAUUUCUCGGCGCCGCAAGAUCAAACUCCAAACAAACCUAUGAUACCACAUUGGGAUACAACUAUGCAGGAAAAUAAUGCACUACUUCAAUGUGAUCCCACGGAUCUCUCCUAUAAUCCUCAUGUAGCAGAGGAUGCUGCACUGGCCUUUUCAGAAAUGGUACACAAAAGAAACCCUGAUUUCAACAAACUAUUUGCUCGAAACUCAGAGCCUGUUUUAAGUUUAAUGACUGGUGAAUCAAGAGAAUAUGCAAACCAGUCUUCUGCAUCAAAACAUGAUAGGGAUGGAACCUCAAGGAGGGAAGCAAGUGGAAGUAAGAGAUCAACAGAUGGAGAUCAAGAUGAUAGUAACAAAGACUCUCCUUCAAGUAUGAAGCAGAGAUCUAACAUUAUUAUUGGUGAUGAAAAUCCAUCUGGGCUGGCUCAGAAUUUGGUGACAGUCGUCAAGGAAUCUGACACUGACAUUGAUGUUGAUGCUCAACUAAAAAAUAUGGUAUUAUAA